AUGACCAAGGUUGUUUGUUUCUACACCCAACAGUUACGUAUUUCAGAUGACAACCAAGGUUACUCUUUAGACCAGUUUUGUGUCCCAAAACACUACGAGCAAGACCUUGAUCAUGUACUCAUCCCUGCUGGCCUCAUUCAUGACAGAAUAGAACGCUUAGCUCGUGACAUUGUUGCUGAUUUUGGGAAUGAGUCUAUCGUUGGAUUAUGCAUUCUCAAAGGAGGCUACAAGUUUUUCACAGACUUACUUGACAAGAUUCAGGUGCUGAACAGAAACAGUGGACAUUCAGUACAACUUGCUGUUGACUUCAUUCGACUGAAAAGUUAUGUC